AUGCCUGUUGAUGCCAUCGAGCUGGAUGCCAACGAACAAAAUACUAACCGCUUCCAGGCCAUUUUAAGGAGUCUUGAUGGUACCUCGUCAGGUGGACGCAAACAAAAGCGCAGGUUCAUAAUUUCACGUCUUAAUUGUGAUAUCAUUGCAGGUGCCACUAAUAUCAACAGCGAUAUCCUAGAUCCAUAUCUGUCUUCUGCUCGUUUUUUCCACCUCAACUACGACCUAUUUGCUCACUUCAAUAUGGUUCUACGGGAGGGCAUGCAGGCACAAUUCGAUCCUGAUUGGAUAGAUCCAGACCAAGAUCAAAGCGAAGAAGCUCAAGCAAUCAGGGAACACUGCCUCCAAGUCUACCAGAAAUUUAGCUCCUCAAUUCCAAAUUGGAGUGAGCUUGUGAAGAAUUUUGAAGCUGAAGCCGAGUCUUUGAAUGAGUUUCUAAGGGCGAUGGAAAACACUGCUAACAGUGCUCGCUGUGAUGACACAGGGUCCCUCAAGCAUAACGGACUCCAAUAUCUGCUCAAGGACCCAGCAAAGGAUCGCUUCGACCCUCCGAUUCUAAAGACCCAUGGCAAGGCAGUACGGGGAUGGAAUCACACGGCCACUGCAAGACUACUUUGUCCUGCUCGUGACAUUCUCGAGUUCGACAAAGACCUGCACGCAUAUAUGGACCGAGUGAAGUCGGGGCAGAAAAAAAUUACCUCGAAACAAUGGCCAUCCAUGUUCUACGACAUGAGCCUGUACAACCCGAGGAAUAAGAAGUUAGGGUUCUUACGUGGCCAUGCAAUUGUACAGGGAUGGCGUCACAUCUUCACAGGACCAAUGUCCGCGUUGUCGAAAGAGUGCACACAUCGCUCUUCAAAGCCUGCGAAGGGCAAAAAGCACCAUCUGAUGGAGCCGGGACCCAGAAACAUCAUGUAUGCUGCAAUACAGAUGUAUUUUGUUGCAUGUAAUGCCGAAUCCUGGACUCCCGAGGUCGGCACUAUGAAUCUCGACGACUUAUACUAUACUGCGGUUGACCUUCUCGAGAUGCAUGCGGAUGAGCAAUGGGUGAAAGAUUUGAUACAGUUUUGGAAAGAUGAGUCACCUGGACUUAUGCAAGGUCAUCCAUCGAAGUGCCGGAGGGUUGCCGCAAACUCAACAGCGUCAGACAGUGAAGAUGACAUGGAUGACUUUUUUGGCAAUGACUCUGAAGAAACACAAGGUGGAUCCGGACACAAUAGAUCGACCACAGAUCGUGAAUCAGGUGCGCCUGCAGGCCAUAUCAACAAUCCAACAACGGCUGCUGAAUCCGAUUUGACAUGUGGCACUGCUGCUGCUGGAUCAAGCUCAACAGAUGGUGCCGCUGGACAGGGCCGACAGGCUGGAUCAACGGACGUGCAACUUGGAGGCUUGAAUGGCAAUGGCAACAAUGAUGACAAUGAUGACAAUGAUGGGCAGCCCCGGCGCAGACGCAGGCUCGACCAGCAAGUGAAUCAAAGGGAGCGCUCCUCAUUGACCCCUCCACCCACAUCUCCCAUCGUGACACCAACUGCCACUCGCGGGUGUGGCCGUGGUCCCAGCAACCGCCGUGGUCGAGGCAAAUGUGGCGGCAAACAUUGA